AUGCAGCUCGUCUCAUUGAUGUGGCAUCCCGGUCUGUUGGCUGUCGCUGCCGGUGCCGCGGCAGUAGUAGCCGUCGUUUACUUCCUUACGGCUUGGGCUCUCUCCACUAGAAGGCCAAGAGACUUCCCACCAGGCCCCCCGCCCGUCAUGAUCAUGGGUAACGCGCUACAGCUUCCGACAGAGAAGGCCUUCCUCGGGUUUCGGGAGUGGGAAAAGACGUACGGCAAUAUCAUGGGCUUCAAGGUCGGGGCGAACAACUACGUUGUCAUUUCAGACGCGGAACACGUACGGGAACUUUUCGAGAAACGAGGCGCCCUGUACUCGGACCGCCAGCAGCCGUACAUCACCGCCAAGCUCGUCAACCCAGAGAGCCUCCUGUUCAUGAACAACGACCACAGAAUCAAGAAGAUGCGGACUGGUUUGCGCCAUUUGUUCAAACCCGUUGAUCUGCGGCGCAUCCUCACGGUGCAGGCGGCGCAGGCGGCACUUUUAAUGAGAGAUAUCCUUAACGACCCAGAGAACUUACAGAGUCACCUGCGUGGCUGGGCCCUGGCCACGCCCCGUUCCAUCAUCGGCGGACAGGGAGUAGCUGAGAGUGGAGUAGGCUCAACGGAGUACUACUUCGAGGUGCAGGAAACCUGGGUCAAGUUCCUCACGCCCGCCCGAGCACCUCCUGUUGAUAUCUUCCCCGCCAUGAAGUAUAUUCCCACUUUUCUUGCAAGCUGGAAGCGAGAGGCAGCUACUCUUCACUCAGCCACGAUGAAAAUUAUGUACCACAUGCUUGAUGGUGCUAAGAUCCAGCAUGCAAAAAUCAUUCAGGGGACGAAGAGCACCGAGAACAUGUCCCUCAUGGUGCAGCUUCUCGGGGAAGAGUCCAAGGACUUGGAAUUCCGAGACAAUGAGAUUGCUUCGUUAUGUUCUACAGCGGUAGAUGGUGCCGUCGAUACCGUCUUUUCUACAGUCGGGAUCAUGAUUCUGGUCAUGGGAGCAUACCCCGAAGCGCAGAAGCGAGUACAGGCCGAGGUUGAUUCCAUUUGGCAAGGUGAAGCACCUGAGCCUGACGGUCUCCACAAAGCCAAGUAUUUGAGCGCUUGCCUGACGGAGGUAAUGCGCUGGCGCCCGGUCACCCCUUUAGGGUUCCCGAGGGUGCUUGCUCGAGAUGACACCUACUGUGGCUUCAAAUUUCCCAAAGGUACCAGCUUCAUACUAAACGCGUGGUCCAUCCACAUGGACGACGAAUGGUACGACAAGCCCGAAGAGUUCAGACCCGAGCGAUACUUGGAAAACGAGUGGGGCGUCAAGCCUUUGAUGCGGGACGCCGCCGAGGCGCAGAACCGCCACCCGACCUACGGCUUUGGUGCUGGCCGGCGCAUGUGUCCCGGUUCCAACUAUGCGGAGAACCAAAUCAUGAUUACCAUAGCGAAGCUCAUGUGGGAGUUUGAUGUAGUCGCCAAGGGGAACUUGGAUACCAGCAUCGAGACUGGGUAUCACGAUGGGCUGAUACUGGGGACUGCGCCCUUCAAGGUGGAUAUCGUGCCCAGAAGCGAGGAUAGGAAGAGAGCCAUUUUGGAGGAUAGCUCGAGGGCCGAAAAGGUGGUUGCUGCUUGGACCAGCUAG